ACAAACAUCGCGAAUCUCUCGCACCAGAAGCAGGUCAAACCUCACCCCAUCUGCAAUUCCUCAAGCCAAAUCUCCACUUCCAAUUCUGCAAGAGGAAUUCCAAUUCUGCAAGAGGAACGACGAUGCCACCCACAACAAUCCGCGCGGCGCCAGCCGAUGACACAUUCACAAGCCUUGCAGAACACCAGGCGCAAACACCGUCGACGUUUUACAAUGCAAAGCCAGUCCUUCACUACAAGAAGAAUGGGAUCCGUGCUAUAGCAUCCGUCGAUCAGAUAUCUAAGUUGCCGAUUUUGGCCCCGGCAGAAGGUGUCGAUACAGCUACAACGGUGCAGACCUUGGAUGUGUGGAUAAGCUCAGAAAACCUCACCCUCUUCAACCCCACCCUCUCAACCGGCCUCUCCAUCCCCUACCCCUCCAUCUCCCUACACGCCAUCCAGCGACUGCCCGACCCCUCCACUCCAGAAGACACAACCACCCAAAUCCAAGGCCUCUACAUGCAACUCGACCUCUCCGACCCCAACUCCUUCCCCUCCGAUAAUCAAACCAACGAAGACGACGACAACGACAACGACAACGACCCCACCGUCGAACUCACACUCCUCACCAGCCCUUCCUCCCCCGACGAAACACCCGCCCAAGCCAUCCAAGCCAUGUUCUCCGCCGUCUCCAACUGCUCCAACCUACACCCAGACCCAACCUUCGACUCCGACGAAGACAUGCAGGAUUUCUCCAGCGGGGGUGCUGGUGGUGGUGGUGGUGGUGGAAGAGGAGACAGCCGGAUCGUCUUCGAAGGCAGUGUUGGCUACGAGGGGAUUAGCGGGUUACCAGGUGGUGUGCAGCAGGGUGUUGGGGAUGGGGAGGGGGGGUUGCCGCCGCCGUUUCCGGGGAGUGGGGGGUGGAUUACGGCGGAGAAUGUGGGUGAGUUUUUUGAUGAGGAGGGCAAUUGGAUUAGAGAUGGAGAGGGAGGGGAAGGAGAAGGGCAAGGAUUGGGUGAGGGGGCGGGGAGGGUUAGGACGAGGGGGGAGAUGGAUGGGAGCGGGGAGGGGGAGGGGAUUAAUGGGCAUGCUGAGGAGGGGGAUGAGAGUAAGAAGCCUAGAACGGAGUAG